AUGAAAUGUUUCCCCUGGUCAUUCCACAAGGACACCAAUAACGUAUCGCUCAAGAAUGAGGCGUGCGAGGUGGCUUACGCAGCGGAACUCCCGCCGCCCAGGCUCUUUGACUUGCGGGGGCGCAUGGUGGUGAAGUUGCUGAACGCCGCGAACGCGGGCCUCGUGAUCCAAACGAUCGGACGUGUGCAGAGGGGCGACGUGUCUUCCAUGUACCGUGUGGAAGGCCUGCUUUUGGGCAGCGGCCGCUCGGCGCAGGUGCGUCUGGCGACGCACCGCAUGACCGGGAAACGGGUCGCCAUGAAAUCGUUCUUAAAGCGGACGGGAAAGGUGAACUACAUGCGGAAUGAGGCACAGGUCGCGCUCCGCCUGGACCACCCGCACGUGGCCCGGCUGCUGGAGGUGUGGGAAGACAACUUUGCGGUGCAUUUCAUUAUCGAGUAUUGUCCGGACGGGGACUUGCUGCAGUGGAUCCGGCGCCGCUUCAGAGGCGCCAAGCUGACUGCGGAAUUCUACCGGGAGAACGAGCAGAUUUCCCGCGCCCUGAUCACCCAAAUUCUGCGAGUGGUCGGCCACCUGCACCACGAGCAGCUGGUGAGCAGGGACAUCAAGGCGGACCACUUUCUGAUCGAUGGCAUCCCCAAACUAAAGCUCAUUGACUUGGGACUCGCUCGCUCCUUCAGCUACGAGUCCCGGCCGAUGAAGGCGGCCUGCGGAUCGUUGCCGUACGUCGCGCCGGAGGUCUUGCUCGGCAACUACACCUCGCAGUGCGACCUCUGGAGUGUAGGCUGCAUCAUGUAUAUGCUGCUUACCGGAGACCCCCCCUUCCACGGCUCAGAGUCGGAAAUCGCAAACAAGAUUCUCGCCAGUGAUUUCCACGUGCAACUGCCACCAACCUGCGCUGCCGCUCUUUCAUCCGAAUGCAAGGACCUACUACAGCGCCUCCUGACCCAGAACCCGAACGACAGAAUAGACGCUGAAUCAGCAUACCGACACGUGAGCAACAUACAUCCACCGUUACAGCCCACCGUACUGAGCUUGAGCCCCGGGAAUGCGGUCCCUGCCUUGCGGAGGGUGCCAAACCAAAAGUUCUUCCGGAAAGUAGUGUUGAGUUUGAUGGCCUUCGGUCUUUCCACUGACGAGAUGUGGGAUCUUGACACCCUUUUCUCAUAUGCGGACCAUGGCGGUACAGGGGUCCUUACACCUGCGGAUCUGGAAAGUUUGUUGACUCGGAUUGAUCCUACACUAUCGCGAGCCGAGGCGGGUAAAAUUGCAGAGGCUAUGGAUAUAUUUGAUCGGGGUGGCAUCUAUUUCAAUGAUUUCAUUUGUUGUUUCCUUGGGUCUGUUAUACCGUUGGACGAUGGUCAUCUAAGAACCACAUUCUGGAAGUUCGAUCGUUCACGAACAGGCCAGGUGAGUGUGGAAAAUAUGCGGCAGGUGCUUGGCACCUUAUAUUCCGACCGUGUGUUGGAAAAGUUCCUUCGAGAGAGCGACCGUGAUGGAGACAAGUAUAUUGAUUUCGAUGAGUUUAGGUGGAUAGCUAAAGACGAGCCUCCGGUGGAGUCCACUGAAUCUGACAAAUCAUCAUAA